AUGCCUCAGAAAGAAACCUGCCCCCGGGGCUACCAGCCUGUGGACGAUCUCUCGAAUUCCCCUCAGGUGCACCUUCGCUCGAGCACCACCAAACAGCCCUUCGACUUCACGUUCGAAGCUAUUCGGCCACGUCUGUUUCGUGUCACCUUUUCCUCUCCUAACCACCCGCUGCCUCCCUACCCCAGUGUCCGCCAGCCGCAGACAGACCUGCAAGAUGCCUCCGUUGCUACCAAGAACGACACUCCCUCACAAAAGACGAUCUGUGUCGACGACGUGACAGCGGUCGUUGAGUGGAAACAGACUCCGGUCGUCUCGUUGUCGUGGACUGGGGAAGAGACGGCGCCCCUCCAUAAGGACCUGCCUCUUCGCUCGUACGUCGCCGAUGGUGAGGGGAUUGCCUACUACAGCGUGCACGACCGGAAGGCGCUACACGUCGGCCUGGGCGAGAAGCGAGCCCCCAUGGACCUGACGGGCCGGCAUUUCCAGCUGUCAGCCACGGAUUCGUUCGGCUACGACGUCUACAAGACCGAUCCCCUGUACAAGCAUGUCCCGCUGCUGAUCAAGGCGACGCCCGCCGGGUGUGUGGCCAUCUUCUCGACCACGCACGCCCGUGGUUCCUGGGCCGUGGGCUCCGAGAUCGAUGGUCUCUGGGGUCACUUCAAGGCCUAUCGCCAGGACCACGGCGGCCUCGAGCAGUACCUGAUCGUUGGUCGAACGCUGCGGGAGGUCGUGCGGUCCUACGCUGAGCUGAUGGGCUUCCCCCUGCUGGUGCCGCGUUGGGCGUACGGAUACAUCUCGGGCGGGUACAAGUACACCGUGACGGAUGACCCUCCGGCCCACCAGGGGAUGAUGGACUUUGCCGACAAGCUGGUGGAGCACGAUAUCCCCUGCUCAGCGCACCAGAUGAGCUCCGGCUACUCAAUCGCCGCGACGGAACCUAAAGUGCGCAAUGUCUUCACUUGGAACCGUCACCGGUUCCCGGACCCGGAGGCCUUUAUCGCCAAGUACCACGCACGAGGCAUCCGGCUGAUCACCAACAUCAAACCGUUUGUGCUGGCCUCGCAUCCGGACUACCAGAAACUUGUUGAUGCCGGUGGUUUGUUCACCAACCCCGAGACGGGCAAAGAGGGCACUAUGCGUCUGUGGAGUGCUGGCGGCGGCGAGGGAGGCGACGGCUGCCAUCUUGACUUUACCUCUUCGUUUACCUUCAAGUGGUGGUAUGCCGGGGUCCAGCAGCUCAAACGUGAGGGCAUUGACGGCAUGUGGAACGACAACAACGAGUAUACCUUGCCCAACGACGAGUGGGAGAUCCGUGCCGACGACGAGAUGGUCGCACCAAAGACCCAAAUAUCCUCCAAGGCUGUCGGCCUCUGGGGUCGCGCCGUGCACACAGAGCUCAUGUGCAAGUCGUCUCAUGAUGCCCUGCUGGCCAUGGAACCGACGGAGCGACCCUUUGUGCUGACGCGCAGCGCCACUGCAGGCACGAUGCGGUACUCAGCCAGUACCUGGAGUGGCGACAACAUGACCAGCUGGGAGAGCAUGCGGGGGUCGAACGCUCUCUCUUUGAACUCGGGACUCUCUCUCAUCCAGUGUACCGGGCAUGAUAUUGGAGGAUUCGAGGGUACGUCCAUAUCCGUAGAGACAAAAGUUUGGUCUGCAACGGUUGCUAAUUUGCUAAUACAACCAGGUCCCCAACCCUCGCCUGAACUUCUCCUCCGCUGGGUCCAACUGGGCAUCUACUCCCCCCGCUUCGCUAUCAACUGCUUCAAGACCUCCCCCACCAACAACGCCGUCGGAGAGGUGAUCGAGCCCUGGAUGUACCCGGAGAUCACACCCUUGGUGCGCGCAACCAUCAAGCGCCGCUACGAGAUCCUCCCGUACAUCUACUCGCUCGGCCUGGAAAGCCACUUGUCGGCCUCCCCGCCGCAGCGUUGGGUGGGCUGGAACCACGAGUCCGACCCGGAGGUUUGGUCUCCGCGUCUCAAGCAGGGUGACGAGCAAUACUGGUUUGGCGACGCGAUGCUCGUCGCGGGCGUUUACCAGCCAGGCCAAACCGUCGCGGAAGUCUAUCUGCCUCGGUCUUCCUCUUCUUCUUCCGGAGGCUUCGAUUACGGUUUCGUCAACAUGAACGCUCCAUACGAAUACCUCGCCUCCGGGCAAUGGGUCCAGAUCACCUCCAACUGGAAGGAAAGCAUCCCCCUCCUGGCGAAGAUCGGAGCGGCCAUCCCCGUGGGCAAACCCGUGCACACGCGCGUGCCCGGUGACGAAACUCGUGCCUCAAAGGCUGUGACCGAGGAAGAUGACUAUCGUGGCGUGGAGAUCUUCCCGCCGCGGGGCACGUCGCAUGGAACCGUGUUCAAGUCGACGUGGAUGGAGGAUGAUGGCAUCUCGCUCCAACCAAAGAUCGCACGGUAUACCCUCUCCUACUCUUCGACGGAGGACAGGAUCGUCGUCGGGUUCGAGAGGGACGAAUCGGCCGGGUUCGUGCCGGCGUGGAAGGACCUGGAUAUCAUUCUUCAUCACGGAGACGAGAGACGGGUUGUCUCUGAUCGUGAUGCAGAGAUUGUUUACAAGGGAGAAGAUGAUAGGGGGCGUGUCGUUUAUACUGUGAAGCAUAGCUAG